UAUGAGAAUGUGUUGUGAAAAGCCUACGAAGAAGCAUAGGAAAGGGUUAUGGUCCCCAGACGAAGACCAAAGACUCAGAAACUAUAUUUUGAAACACGGGCAUGGCUGCUGGAGCUCGGUUCCUAUAAAUGCCGGUUUACAAAGAAAUGGCAAGAGCUGUAGAUUAAGGUGGAUUAAUUACUUAAGACCAGGGCUGAAGCGCGGCGCCUUCAGUACGGUGGAAGAGGACAAGAUUUUGACCCUUCAUCAAUUAUUAGGCAACAAGUGGUCUCAGAUAGCGCAACAUUUACCGGGAAGAAGUGACAAUGAGAUAAAAAACUAUUGGCAUUCUUAUCUCAAGAAAAGAGUUGCCAAAAUUGACGUUGAGGAAUCAUCGGACCCUUCAUUCAAACACAAGAAACAUUCGUCACGUGAAAAUUUGUGUUUGCCAAAGGUUAUUUUUGCAGAGUGGCUUUCCUUGGAUCAGGAUUUGGGUGAUUCUUCUUCCCAUAUUAAUCAUACCUCAAAUCUUGGAGAUGAUCCUUAUUUUGAUGAUUAUAAUGUCGAUGACGUGGCAUUCAAGUUGGAUUGCCAGAUCCCAUUAGAUUAUAUUCAAUCAUGGACGACACUUUAACAUGUGUACAUGAGAGAGAGAGAGAGAGAGAGAAUCACGAGCGCUAUAGUAAAUUUUUAUAUUUAUGCAUGGCAAAAUAAUUCAUAUAUUUGAAGACAAAAAAAUGAUAUAUAGUGUUUUCACGACAAUAUUGUUUCCUUUUUCUGGUGAAAUUGUGCACAUGAUGAUCAUAAUGUACUUUUUUGUUUCCAUUGUGAUUUUGUAAGAGAUGAUAUCGUAUUCAAAGUGUGGGUUAAAUGUAGGAAAUGUGUUUCGUUA